AUGUCAACACUGCCAGCCGUCGUCUUGGAUAAUGGGACCGGAUAUACGAAAAUUGGAUAUGCGGGGAAUACUGAACCGUCGUAUUUAAUUCCGUCCAUGAUUGCUGUGGACUCGAGUGCGAAUUUGAACACAUGUCCGAAGUCGACCGAGGACUUUGAUUUUUACAUUGGAGAGGAGGCCGAGCAAGCGCCGAAGUCGUACACCAAAACGUUCCCAUUGAAACAUGGCCAAAUAGAGAAUUGGACAUUGAUGGAGAUGUAUUGGGAGCAAGCUAUAUUCAAAUAUUUGAGAUGUGAUCCGCAAGACCACUACUUCUUAUUAACUGAACCCCCUAUGAAUCCCCCAGAGAACAGAGAAUACCUUGCUGAAGUCUUCUUUGAAACAUUUAACGUCCCGGGGAUGUAUAUUGCCGUCCAAGCUGUGUUGGCUAUAGUAGCUUCAUGGUCAAGAAAGGGUGGAGAUAAAGGAAGUGUCUUGACUGGAACUGUUAUUGAUUCAGGGGAUGGAGUGACUCAUAUCAUCCCAGUAGCUGAAGGAUAUGUCAUUGGAUCAGCUAUUAAAAACAUUCCACUUGCUGGGAAGGACAUCACUGCAUUCAUCCAACAAAUGCUCCUUGAACGUGAAGAACCAAUUCCUCCAUCGGAAAGAAUGGAAAUGGCACGAACGGUGAAGGAGAAGUAUUCCUUUGUCUCGAAAGAUAUGGCUAAGGAAUUUGCUAUUAUGGAAGAAGGAAAGGACGGAAUGUCUUCAUUCAAGAAACAUGAGGCGAAAGACCCGAUCACAAAGAAACCAUACACUUUCGACGUCGGGUAUGAACAAUUCUUGGCACCAGAACUCUUCUUUAACCCAGAAAUCUUCUCCUCAGACUUCACUACACCACUUGCAGAUUUGGUCGACGAUGUCGUGCAGGCGUGCCCUAUCGAUUGUAGAAGAGAUUUGUAUAAGAACAUCAUCUUGUCGGGAGGAUCAACUAUGUUCAAGGGUUUCGGAAAAAGACUCCAGAGAGAUGUCAAGAGAUUCACCGACUUCAGAACACAAAAAACAGUCGAAUUGUCCGGUGGAAAACUCACCCCAAAAGCUACCGAAGUUAAUGUCGUCACUUACCCAUAUCAAAGAUACGCAGUUUGGUACGGCGGGUCUGUCAUGGCAGAAUUGCCAGUCUUCGUCCAGCACUGCCACUCGAAGGCCGAGUAUGAAGAAAAGGGCCCAUCCAUCUGCCGUUAUAACCACGUCUUUAUGGCUUGCUAA